CCAACCUUCUUCUACUUCUUCUAAUGGCAUCCAUUAUUUCUCAUCUUUUCAUUGCUCUUUCCCUUUUCGCCUUCUCCGCCAAUGCUCAGCUCUCGCCCAGCUUCUACGCCAAAACCUGUCCCCGACUCGAAGGAAUCGUUCGUUCGGGUAUGAUCAAAGCCGUUAACAGAGAAAAACGUCUCGCAGCUUCAAUCCUUCGCUUGUUCUUCCACGACUGCUUCGUAAAUGGUUGCGAUGGUUCUAUAUUGCUCGAUGAUAGUUCAACAUUUACAAGCGAAAAAAAUGCAUUUCCAAAUAGAAACUCAGCUAGAGGAUUUGAAGUGAUUGACGAUAUUAAAACUCAGGUCGAAGCUGCUUGUAAAGCCACCGUUUCCUGUGCUGAUAUUCUUGCUCUCGCUACUCGCGAUGGGGUCGCUUUGCUCGGAGGGCCGAGUUGGGCUGUACCACUCGGACGAAAGGACUCGAGGACUGCAAGCGAGAGUGGAGCAAACAGCAACCUUCCAGGGCCAGGCUCCGACCUCUCGACGCUCAUCUCGAUGUUUGCUGCCCAAGGGCUCAAUGCUCGUGACAUGACAGCCCUCUCGGGUGGUCACACCAUAGGCGUGGCUAAAUGUCAAUUCUUCCGAACUCGAAUCUACAACGAGACCAAUAUCGAUCCCGCCUUCGCCACCCAACGGCAAGCCAACUGUCCGUUCUCGGGCGGUGACACAAACUUAGCCCCUCUCGACUCGACCAACAAUAUGUUCGACAACAAGUAUUUCGUAGACCUGACGAACAAGCGCGGGCUGUUUCAUUCGGACCAAGUACUGUUCAACGGCGGCUCACAAGACGCGUUGGUUCGGACUUACAGUACGAGUCCCGCAACCUUUAGAGCGGAUUUUGUUAGCGCCAUGAUCAAGAUGGGGAAUCUCGGUCCUCCAGCUGGAGCCGCCAGUGAGAUUAGACUAAAUUGCAGGGUGGUUAAUUAAUUAAUCUUAAUUAAUUAUUAAUUAAGAACUAAAAACAAUAUACAAAAUAAGAAAGAUGCUUUUACUAUAGGAUGAAAUUAGUUGUUUCC